AUGGAAGUAUGUUUAGAUGUUGUUUACAAAACUGAAUUGCUUGCUAACAAGUCAUAUGCCUUGGAUGAUCCACACAUUUUUACUGCUCGCGAAUUUUACGAAGCUUGUUUAAAAGCUCCUCAUGAUUCCGCUAAUCAUGUUGCAAAUCAAUUUCGUCAGUUAAUUUCGAUGCUAUUUGGUGAAUGGGAUUUAUUGACAUCUUCAACAAAUAUGACAAAUGCAUCUGAUGGUGCUAGAAAUAUUCUAAAUUUGAGUUUGACUGAUUUAUACCUACCACUGUUAAGCACAACAGGGCAUUCACCCUUGUUUUCAUUGGAUAUCGACGAAGAGGAUCGAACAAUUCGAAUCGAUUGGGAUUAUUUAUUUGACAAAUCGUUCAAUCAAACUGGAUUUAGAAGCCACCAUAAAUUACCAGUAAAGGUUGAAGAAAAACAUGCAUUACAAUAUUAUUGUGCAUUCCAUGAAAUUCAAUUGGAAACAGAUGAAGACAAAAGGUCGCUACGUGAUUCACCAACUUAUUUACCUGAGGCCUACUAUUUGAAAAAUUUAAACCGCAUAUAUAUUUUUGCCGGAUUGAUGCAACCACCAUUUUAUGAAAAGGAUGAAGAUUUAUCCACCAGAUACAAUGGAUUGGGUUGGAUUAUCGCCCAUGAACUUUUACAUGCUAUAGAUCUUAUAGGUGUUCUCGAGGAUAUCAAUGGGAAUCAACGAUCAGGUAAAGAUACUUAUGCAGGAUUGAUUGCAAAUAUGAGGCAAACAGAUUGUCUACGAUCUCAUUACAAAAACCAUUCUGAUUCGUUUGAAAAGACUUUAUGUGGCCGUGUACAUAAGGAUUCACGUCAAUACCACAAAUAUUACAUUAAUCACAUUCUACCUCGAUAUAGGCUGAUAGGUGCUUUGUCAAAUAAUGAAGAAUUUGCUAAAGCAUAUCACUGUCCGAUUGGUUCACCAAUGAAUCCUUUGAAGAAAUGUAAAUUGUGGUAA